AUGGACCAAACGGGGUCAAAUUCUCCAGGGUUGCCCUCGCCGGGGCCCUCGCUUGCCCAGCAAAGGAAUGAGGCGAUCCAGGCUGCUACGCGGCCGACAGGAGACGGUGGACUGCUGGCCCAAUUCACGAGCAAUCCUUUUUUCACAGCGGGAUUCGGUCUUGCAGGGCUCGGAGUCGGCGCACGAGUUGCGCAGCAUGGUCUUCGACGUGGCGCGGAUUUGAUUCGGAGACGGAUGCUUGUCGAUGUCGAGAUCACACAUAAGGACGAUUCAUACCCAUGGUUUUUGAAUUGGAUGACGAUGCAUCAGGGGACGCAACUUAAUGCAUCUCGAUCUGGGGCCAGCAGGUCUGGUAUUGUGGACUCGCUCUUGAGCAAAAUCACCCCCAGAAUGCACCAUUAUUCCAUCAAUACGAAGAAGAUCGAACACUCCAACGGAUCCAUCGACACGGCUUUCGCAUUAGUCCCGGGGCCGGGUCGACACGUCCUACGCUAUAAUAACGCGUUUAUUUUCGUCAAUCGGGUUCGCGAGACCAGGACUCAGGAUUCCAUGUCCGGUAGGCCAUGGGAAACCAUCACCCUAACUACGCUAUACUCGCAGCGCCAUGUGUUCGAAGAACUUUUUACGGAAGCGCACGCGUAUGUUGCAGAGGCACACCAGGGGAAAACCACGGUGCUGCGCGCCGAUACUGCAGCGUGGACGCCUCUUGGACCGCCCCGGCACAAGCGCCCAUUGAACUCAGUGGUCUUAGACGAGGGAGUGAAGGAACGCAUUGUGGAAGACGUCAAGGACUUUCUGUCAAGUGCGCAGUGGUACCAUGACCGAGGAGUUCCCUACCGCCGAGGAUAUCUUCUGUAUGGUCCACCGGGUACUGGCAAAAGUUCAUUUAUCCAGGCACUGGCAGGGGAGUUGGAUUAUGACAUCGCUAUUUUGAAUUUAAGCGAACGAGGGCUAACGGAUGACCGACUGAAUCGGCUUUUGACCAUCGUUCCCAAACGAACUAUUGUGCUACUGGAGGAUGUGGAUGCAGCCUUCUCGAAUCGUCGUACCCAAACCGACGAGGAUGGUUAUCGUGGCGCCAAUGUGACCUUCUCUGGCUUACUGAACGCCUUAGAUGGCGUCUCAAGUGCCGAAGAGCGGAUUGUCUUCCUAACGACAAACCACGUGGAGCGUCUUGACGAGGCCCUUGUACGCCCGGGGCGAGUGGACAUGACAGUACGUAUGGGCGAGCUCACUCGCUACCAAGCGAAGUGUUUCUGGGAUAGAUUCUACGGUGAUUUGGACACGACUCAUUCCUAUCAACAAGCCUUCCUCUCUCGGCUCGCGGAACUAGGGCUCGUUGAGGACGAGAACGGCCAAAAAGCCGACCCGUCGCGGACCACAAGUGCUGCGGCUCUACAGGGUUUGUUUUUGUAUAAUAAAGGAGAUAUGGCGGGUGCCAUUGCGAUGGUUGAAGGGCUCACGUAUGGACUCCAUGGAGGCAUGGUGGACUCGAGGACCUGA